UCAACCAGUAACACUAAAAUUUGUUAUGAUGACUAAACAAUUUACACUUUACAUAUUUACUGAAUAGUAUCAGUAUGUCAUUGUGUCAGACUGUCAGUAUGUAAAACAUAAAUUGGCUCAAUACUAUGAAUUUUAAAGCAUUUUCUUCACACAGCAAUGUUAAAGAAUGGAUUCAGCAAGUUCAAAAAGCAUGUAGUGAUGGUGCAAAUGAUAUAUUAAACACAAAGAAGUAUGAUGUCUUUGUGGAUGAUGAUGCUCUAUUGGAAGGUCAAGACUUGAUUGAUUCAUGGAUAAAAGAGAAACGUUUAGACAAUCUACUUGCGGAAUGUGAAAUAAAAGAUGAAGUAUCUCAUUUGCCUAAGUUGACAAGCAACAAGUCAGCCAAUCAUAUCUUUCAACCCAAUUCUUUGGAUUUGACAAGAAAAAACAAUGAUUAUAAUGAAAUUAAUGAAUACAAAGAAGUUUUUAGCAUUGAUAAUGAUUUGGAUGAAGAAAGUGCUGUCAACCAGAUUGUAUAUGAUAUGUUGGAGAGAGAUGUUAUUGACUUUACAAAAAUUGAUGAUGAAGCUAUUUUUAAUUCACAAUCUAAAAGGUUUAAAGAUCCCAGGCCUAAGAUGAAGACAAGGCAUGAGCAGGUGAAGAGAAGAGCCAGUGAAAGGAAACAAGCUUGGGCAAAAGAAAACAUGAAACGACAUAAUGAAAAAAUUGUUGUAGAAGAAGCCCAUAAGCAGCUACAACUUGAAGAGAAAGAACAAUUGGAAAAAUAUAAACGAGAAGAAAAUGAAAUACGUAAAGAAAUGGUAAAAAUAAGACGGAUAAUGCAAGACGAAAACAGGCAACAAAAGAAGAAUCACUCAAGGUUGGUAGAAAAAGAAGAAAGAAGAGAAAAACUCGUAAAGAUUGCACUCGAAAAACAUCGCAAGGAAAGCGAGGAUAGGUUAGAACAAGAAAUAAAAGCAAAAGAAAAAAUGAGAAAAAAGUUUAUGAAACUACAGCUUGAGAAGAAAUGGAGAAAAAAAGAUAUGAAGCUACUUCAUAGCUGUUUCUCCUCAUGGUAUUCGUUGGUUGUUAACAAACACAUCAAGUAUAACAAAGCUCUAGCAGUACAGGAAUGGAGGCAGAAACUGCGUAUUUGGAAUACAUGGAGGACAUUUGUGUUACGUUCAAGAAGGGAUCGUGAAACUCGACAAUUGAAUGAAGAAAUGAAAGAACGUCACAGAAAGGAGGUUCUUGCCGAUAGAUUUCAUGGUCAAAUGUUACUUCAUCGUUAUCUUUAUGCUUGGUAUUCGUGGGUUUUAAAAACAAAAGAAGAAAAUAAAAUGAAAGACCAGCAUGAAAAGAGAGCGGAGAAAAUGAUCAAACUACUCAAAGCUGCAUCUUCAGGAAAGCUAUGGGAAGAUGAGAAAACAAAAGAAAUUGAUGCAGUGAAAAGUAUUGAUGGUAAUGAAUUGAAUGAAAUUUCAUGGAAACCAUUUAAGCUUGAGAAUUUCACGUCAAAUGUGACUACAACCACAACUACAUUUUCAAGAAAACGGAACGCGAACAUUCAUGCAAAUGUUUGGCCUCAUCAGAUACUGCAAAACAUGAAGAAAAAACAAAAUGCAUUGCUACAAAAUACUAAAGGAGCAUCAGUACAUUUAGUUGCACAAAGUACAGAUGAAAAGAUACAAAAAAAGACAACAAUUUUAUCUGAAAACAAAAAUGGAAGCUCAAGUAGUUUUCAAAACGAAAGAUCAGAAAAGAUUCUAAAGAAUGAAGAUAAUAGUUGUGAAAACAAGGAAAUAACGCAAAAAAAACAUUUUCCUGGUUGUUCUUCACUAUUUCCCACGGACAAAGUUAAUUCUAAAAAGGCAGCGACGAAACCGUUACAUUUGGCGAUGGAAGAUCGGGCAAAAGCGCGCGCGGAUAGAAAGUUACUUUUGGACGCUAAAAAGAGAGCGGUUGAAGAAGAGAAAUUAGCUAAACUGAAACAGGAACAGGAAGAAAAAGAGAGAGAGAUUUUAGCUGAAAAGCAGUUAGCAUUACAACGAAAACGAGAAGAGAUGAAAUUAGCAAAGCAGCGAGAACUUGAAAAAAAACGACGUCUUGAAAAUAUGAAAGAACUAAACAAAAAAGCCGACGAAAAUCGUAAUAAAAACCUGCUAAAGAAUUAUGGUUUUCUACCAUGGAGAAGAUUAAUCAAGAACAGAGAGAAAAUAAUGAAAAAUGCUGAUGACUUUUAUAAGAAGAAUUUACUUAAAACAGAAUUUUUUAAAUGGAUGUUACACACGAGAAAUGAAUGUCAAAGACGUAGCCAACUUGCUGAUAAAAUGUGUAAAACUUCACUUCUUCGCUUAGGAUGGCAGUCUUUGAAAAAGUACCGUAACUAUUUGUCUGAAAUUGACAAAGUGGCUGCAGAUUUUUCAAGAGCUUACAUUAUGAAAAAAUAUAUGAAAAUCUGGCAGGAUUUCGCUAUAGAAGAACGUCUUUUGUGUUGGGAUAAAGAAAAUACAGCUGAGGAACUAAACAGUAGGCGUUUAUUACGCAUGACAAUGAGUUACUGGAAAAAGUUCAUUCCACUUUUACGAGAAGAAGAAAAAAGAGAGAAAAGAAGAAACGAUUUACGAAAACAUGUUCUGUCAAUGCUUCCUGAUUUUCAAACAACUAUGCUUUCUCCUUAAAAUGGAAACAAAAUCUUUCAAAAGUUAUUUAUUUUACCUUGUAAAGUAUAUAUAUAUAUGGUAGAGAAGCAAACUCAGCUUUUAUUCAAUAAUUUAUUUCUGCGAAAACAGCUACAGCUAAUAUAUUCCAUGACAAUUUUAAUGAAUUUUCUUGAAUAUACCUUUGUUCAUGUUCAUUUUGCUUCACUGGCAUGUGUUGCAGUUAAAAUAAGUGUAGGCGACAGUACUUCUUCAACUAGUUUAUUUUUUGCUCAUGACUUCUUAGUUUUAUGUGUGAUGUUUGUGUAGUUGUUUGUUGUUUUGAUACUGAUAAUUUGUCAUUUAGUUUGUUAUUGUUUGUUGAUGAUAGAGAUUCACUUGAUGUAAGUAAUAGUUGACUGUCGCAAAGGUGUGUAGUUUUUUUAAUUAACAAUUUUUUCUGUGAUGUAACCUUACUGAUAUCACCAUUACUCAUUUUAGUUUUCGUUAA